AUGAAUGGGUCUUUCAUCGAAUUGAUUAAGGAUAUUAAGCGGGAUGACCGCAUCGAGAACGUGGAAAGGAACUACAACCUGUGCGUUAGGAGCCUCAAAGAAAUUGAUAAAAGGAAGACAAGGGAAAAGGAACCUAUAUUCACUCUGCUUAAUUCCAAGACCAAAGAAAAGUCUAUUACUCUCCUCAAGUUGCUUUAUCUACAAAUGUAUGGAAGGAAAAUAGAUCCAGAACAUAACUUUGCAGUGAUUGAAAUGCUUACAUCAGAUAAAUAUAUCUUGAAGAGACGCGGCCAUCUGUUUCUGCACCACUCGACUGACAGAGACGAUGUAACUUUUCUCUCCAUUAAUUUGUUUAGGAAGGAGUUGUACAAGGACAAUUUUCCCACUGGGUCUCCAAACACCAAAACGAAUGUUAUUAAUUCAUUAGCUAACAUUGGCUCUGCCAUUAUGAAGGAGAACAUCGGCUUGCUACAAAAUUCUGCAAAGACAUAUUCGAUAAUCCCUGGAGUUCAGUCGAAUGAAACUUCUUCUGGUGGUAACUUUCCCAUUGGGGGAGAAACUCCACGAGAACAGGAAAAAAAAAAACAGUUCGCACACACAAACUGUAUUACGAAGGAAACGAACAUAUACAACGCAGCUCUCGUUCUUAACACACUCAGUAAUGUAUGUACCUCCAUCAUGAGUAGCAACCUACACCAACAUGUUUUCCAUCUCCUCAAUAGCUCUCAUGUGUACAUAAAAAAAAAAACAAUUAUUAGUCUGUACAAAAUUGUAAUAAGUAAUUUAGAAACCUUGCCAUCUUUCAUUGAAACAAUUAAAAAGAGUUUCGUUUCUCUGUACAACAAUGAAAGUUCAUCUUAUGAUCAGUUCGGCAAGGAAGGAAUGGAUGGCGUUCAACGUAACAACACUUCGUUGUGUUGUCUUAUUGUGAAUAUUCUCGCGGAAGUGUUCUGCGCUCUAGAAAGGAAUGAUCAAACAUAUUCUCAACCUCGUAGAAACAUGAGUCCUGCCACCCCAGGAAGUAGCCGCUAUGUUGAAACUCCCCACGGAGCAACAAGUACCUGUAAUCAAGACCAAUCAGGAGCAGUUCAACACGCAGGGGGAGUGUCCACCUAUCUAAAGAAGUUCCUUUCAUUUAUUCCUCUUAUUUAUAGCAUACUAAACGAACGACUCAACCUCAUAGACAACUGGAAGUUCAUAAAGAUCAUCAAGUUUUUGAAGAGGCUAGUUAAAUACGAAAAUAGAAUUUACAAAAAAUUCCUGCAUCUAAUUGUUCAUGCGUUUUUUACGAACAAGGCGAAAAGCGUUAUCUAUGAAUGUCUCAGCUUUUUGCUACUGAACUACCAGAAGGGUUGCGUGGUGGAUUUGGAUCUCCAGCGAUAUGUUCCCUGGGCUGAUGGAACCCUCGAUCAGAGUGUUAAUCAAACUAUACAAAGAAGUGAUGGCACGACCUCUGCUGAACUCGUUGAUCGGUGCCCACCUAACCCAUCACCCGACUGCAUGGACAGGCUAUUGCUACUAUGCUUCACUCACCUCGCAAACAACUUUCACCAUGAAGAUAGGAACAUCGUCUACGUUACGACGAAGAUGUAUCUGUGCAUAUUUAGCAGUGUAGAUGUUCACAAGAAAUUUAUGCAACAGAACAUGAUGGAGGAAUUAUCUGCCAACGUGAUGAGAAGUUUCUACCAAGAUGUAACCAUAAGGAAAAAUCUCCUCCAUAUUUUGUACUACCUCAUGAAUGAAAAUAACUUCGAACCAAUUGCGUACAGCAUCCUCAGUUACUUGUAUCAUAGAUCUGAAGCAGAUUUCGUGGGAGAGUACAUAGACACCAUUCUUUUGUAUGGACGGAGGAAGGGCCACUUGUUGCGAAAUCUUAAUCUGUAUCUAUUUAUUCUUUUUUAUAUGCUUUGUAUUAAGAACCACAAGAAGGAAUCCGAUGUGAUCCAGGAGAUCCUUCGUGUCAACAACAAUCAAAAGGGAACAACCCAUAUCACCACCAACUUCCUCAGUGCCAUGUACGUAGUGACAUACGGUGCGGCCAUCAUGCAGCGCGAACUGGACGGGCGCAGGGGCGAUGGUCAUGUGGAUAAAGAAUUUUCCCCAUUUUCCACCUCACAGGGGGUUAAAGAGGGACAAACGAAAGAGAAGGAGAGCCACCACAUAGUAAAACAACAGAAGGAGAACCAUCACAUAAUAGAACAACAGAAGGAGAACCAUCAAUCUUCGAACCUGUUAAACGAAAUGAAUACGUUCCUAAAGGAAGUAAAAACGAUUGACGCCUUUUCCAGGUAUGACAUACUAGAUUACAUCAUAGGGACAUUAAAAAUGCAUGUUAAUGAUGAUAGGCACGACAACCAAGAGAAUCCUUACAAAGAUGUAAACCAAGUAGACCUAGCAACCUUUGAAUAUCUCAUUUAUUUCUUGUAUGUAUAUUUAGAGGAAUCACAUGGUCAGAUAAAGGAAUAUAAGAAUGAACACUUCUUGAGUGUCUUUUUUUUCUCCUUGUAUAUUUUUUUUACUCAUUUGAGUAUCAGCAGUAUUCUCUGGCACGUUGCAAAAAUAUUUUUUUUUUUUUAUCAAUACGAGGAAAACAGAAGUUUGGUUCUUUGCUACAUCAGCAAGUUCUCUUCCCAUGUGAGCUACCUUCUUAGUCGACGUAACAGCGUGGAGACCAUCGAUAUCUGCGCUCAUUUAGGAAAUGUGUUUUUCCUCCUGCGGAAGGGGAAUCAUUCAGAGGAACUUGCUCUUAAAGAGGAUUCAUCAAACGGAGGAGACCAUACCAACCGGGGGGUGAGCUUCUACUCCUGUGUCACAGACUACCUUCACCUCGAUCCCUCAGAGGAGAAGUUCAAUUUGGACCGCCCCUUCAAAUACAACGACGCGUUCUUUUUGCAAACCAGGGAGAGUACACCCCAGGAGCAUAUUCCUCGCUCGGUUCAUAGAUCGAGUACCAGUCAGAUAAAUCUGCCCUUGACUGAGGCAGAUACAGUCGCAUCUACCGCUUCGGCGAGAACCCCUUCAGAAAUUAGGGCCUCAGCAUUGACUGUGGACGAGGCAUCAAUACCCCGCGUAUGCAGUCCUGAGGAAUUCUGUGCCAAGGGAAAACCCACUUCUCAUGGAGAACCCACUUCUCAUGGAGAACCCACUUCUCAUGGAGAACUUCCAUCAUUUUUGCGCGAAUUGAAGGAGGAACAAAGCAAGUGGAGUCAAACAGACAAGCGAACCUUCCACCAGAUUAGCGAGACUAUCCACAUGAAGUUAUAUUUUCACUUAAAUCAAGAAGAUCGUCUGCUCCGUUUGUAUGUCCAAUUGGUGGGCUCUCCCGUAACUAUUAAGUGUUUAUCUGUGCGCACCUCUCUCCGGGUUGAUAGAUACCAAGUGGACUUCAACGAGGAGGAAGACGAACUCCUUCUCCUAUGCGAUGAAAAAAGGGACCAAGAUACUACCAUAGCAGAUGACAUAAUAAGAAUGCAAAACCAUCAAGGUGUUCAGUCUGUCGAGAGCAAUCAUCAUGAAAGAAUUGGAAUGACUCCCCUAACCGAACUAACCACUGUCGAGGAAGUAACAAGAAAUUUUCUCAUUAGUGUGAACUUCCAAGUUCCAUCCUGCUCUGUUAAAUUGGCCUACUCCUAUUUUUGCAACUCGAUUCUCCAUGAGGAGUUAUCUGUUGAAAUCCCAUUCGUGCCUCUCCAACAGGCCACCCUGUCGAUAGACGAGCUUACCAACGUGAAGAAGAGAAAAGGAAUGAACAGAAUCAUAACGGAGGAAAUAACUGUUGAUGAAGAGAUCCAUCCAAAUGAAUUUAUUUUUAGUUGUUUUGUUUUUCUGGCAGAAUAUCUUCAUUUGUUUUUUUUCAACAUUAGUAAGGUUUUUUCUAACUUACGAAGUGCUUAUUCUGAGGAUACAUUUCGCCUUAUUUUUUGUGCGACUCGUAUGUCUAGCAGGGAUGCCCCACCAGACAAGACAGUAUUCCUAAUCAACGUGCAUUACAAGAAAAUUGAUCAGACGAGCGCUCCACCCACGUACAGGGUCGAAGCGAAAAUAAAAAUCCUCGACGACUCCGAAGAGGAGUGCAUGCGGAUGAUGGACUACAUCCAAUUCUACCUCAAGAAGUUCCUCACGGGGAAAGUAAAAAUGAGGUCGCCCCGUAUUGCCAUCACGAGCUGA